AUGGAAGAGCUCGAGGCGAGAGCACGGGAGGCUGAUUCGAGAGCACGAAAGGCAGAGGAGAGAGUACGGGCGGCCGAGGCGAGAGAGAAGGAGAGCAGGCAGAAGGAGGCGAGACGCGCCGCUAAGGAGAACGCCAAACGCGACGAGCAGGAUCGCGCAUUUGCAGAAAGUGCGAAGCGGAAGGCAGAGAGCGACGAGGCGAGCAGACAGAAGACGCGAGCAGAGACACAGAGGAAAGCUGCGGCCGCCGAGGAGAGCCGUAGGCGUGUCGCGGAAGACGAACAGAGGAGAGAGAGCGCGCGCACGGUUGCUGAAGAGCAAGCGAGGCAAGCUAAGCCCAAGGAGAAGAAGGCUCUCACGGCCAAGGAAAUGGCGGAGAAGGCUGCAGGAGAAGCGAUAGCUGCGGCUGAGAAGGCGAAGAAGGCGUUGCAGGAGGGUAGCAAGCCCGUCAUCACGCCGACGCUCGGGGAGUUUGAAGCGACCAAGAAGCGACUGGGGUAUAGAGAUGGACUCUUCCAUUUCGCCGUUGCGGGAACCUCUGGAAGCGGCAAGUCGUCGUUGAUCAACGCAUGCCGCGGUCUGCGGAACGGUUCGGACGAUCCAUCCGUCGCGAAAACCGGCGCCACCGAGACCACAAGUAACAUCUCGCGCUAUAUGGACCCAAACGAAGCGAACCCUUUCGUCUGGUACGAUAUCCCCGGCGCAGGGACGCUCAAAGUACCCGAUGCGGAAUACUUCAACGAACAGGGUCUGUAUGCUUUCGACUGCAUCAUUGUCAUGAUGGGCAUCCGCUUUACUGCGACAGACGCGGCGAUCCUGCGGAACUGUGCGCGCUUCCAGAUCCCCUCGUAUAUCGUUCGCUCAAAGUCUUUGCAACACAUCGAGAACAUCAGGAAAGACAUGCUAGGAGACGACGACGAGGAGGAUACAAAGGCGUACAUGGAGGAGGCGAUCGAGAAGUACAUCGCCGACACCAGGACCAAUGUCGCCGACAACCUUGCUGAGGCCCAGUUACCUGACCAAAGGGUGUACAUGGUCGACAUUGACAACAUCUGCAAGAUUGUGAAGGGGAAGAAAACGAAAACAGGCAUCGAUGAAUGCGAUCUGAUGAGGGGUUUGCUUUCGACAGCGCGAGACAGGAGGAUGAAGCCGAAGGCAUGGUGGCAAUACAUGUACCGUCGAUACUCCACACCGCUACCACCGCCACCUCAAUCUACUCCAUUCUUGGGCGGUUUAGGCACUGUUCUCAUCGCUGGUGCAAUCCCUGCCAUCUUGAAUCAGGUGCAGGCUGCCCGGAACGGCCCCGGCGCUGAAAACAGAGGCGCAAACCCGACACUACAGGAGAUCGAAGAACGCUUGCGUCGCGCGCAGGCUGAUGCCGAACGCGCUGCUACGGAGGUGGAGACUGCCGCUCAGCGCGCCCGGCUUCAGCAAGAAGAAUUGUCCAUCUAUGUGACAGCGAAGCGUAUGCUGGAGGAGCGAGAGCGCGAGGUGGAACGCGAGAGGCAGCGCGCCGAGGAUCUCCGUGCGGAACGUCAGCUGAAGGAGCACAUACAGCCUAUCAUCUCGCCGACGCGCGAGCAGUUGGAGGAAGCAAAGCGGCGUCUGCAGCAUCAAGAGGGCCUCUACCAUUUCGCGGUCACGGGAGUUGCAGGUGCAGGCAAAUCGUCGCUGAUCAACGCUUUCCGCGGGCUACGCAAUGGCUCAAAGAGCCCGUUCGUAGCCCCGACAGGCGUGGUCGAAACGACGCGUGGCAUCACACGCUACCCCGACCCGAACGAAGACUUCUUCGUGUGGUACGACGUCCCUGGAUCUGGCACGCUUGAAGUACCCGACUGGACAUACUUCAACGACCAGGGUCUGUAUGUCUUCGACGCAAUCAUCGUGCUGAUCGAUACUCAUUUCACGGCAACGGACAUCGCGAUCUUGCGCAACUGUGCGCGCUUCAAGAUUCCCACCUACAUCGUGCGGUCCAAAUCAUUGCAGCACAUCAACAACCUCGUUGAUGACAUACUGGGCGACGAGGACGAUGAAGAGUGGGAGGGGGAGGGGGAGAGCCACUGGGAGAGUGCGCGCGACAAAUAUAAGGCCCAGACGCAGAAGAACGUCACAGAGAACCUGGAGAAGGCCAACUUACUUCAGCAGACCGUGUACUUGGUCGACAAGAACACGUUGGUCCAAAUCACCACCAGACGACCGAUUGGGAAGCAGGUCCUCGAUGAGGUGCAGCUUGUGAGGGACUUGUUGGAGCAAGCUCGUUCCAGAAGGAUUGCAGUACCAGGUAUCGGACGACUCAUCUGGUGCGGUGUGCUCUCUGACAUGUUGCGACUAUCGCCAGAUCUGUCCGAGCUUAUUCAUUUAGGUCGACUGCCAUACGGCGGUGAAGAUGAAGUGCUGCCCAGCUAUGCAAACUUCAGCUUUGUCUCUAGUUCUGUCGGCGUCGUGGUAUACGCCGUAGUAGCGAUUGCACAUGGGAUCUUCAAAUUGGUGACGGACAUCCAGCGUGCCCAUAGUGCGGGAGAAAUCGCCGCUAAUCCUGUCAUGGAGGAGAUUGAGGAGCGCAUGAGGAAAGAGAGAGAGGCGCAAUGGGCGAAACUCGAAGAAGAUCGGAGGCAGAUACAGGAGUCCAAGGAGAGGGCGCAAGAAGCUGAGGGGAGAGCGAAAGAAGCUGAGGGGAGAGCGAAAGAAGCUGAGGGGAGAGCGAAAGAAGCCCAAAAGAUGGCAGAAGAGGCGGCGAGAUGGGCGGCAGAAGAGGCGGGGCGCAUGGAAGAGAGUAGGCGGAGGGCAGAGGGCGCAACGCGUGCGAUGGAGGAGGCGAAACGCAUCGCCGAAGAAAAAGCAAGGCGCAUAGAGAAAGAGCGUAUCCAAGCGGAAGAGGCUAGGCACAUUGCUGAGGAGAACGCAGGACGCGUUGAGAAGGAGCGCGCCUUGGCGGAUGAGGCGAGACUGCAGGCGGAGGCCGACGCCCGUCGUAAUGAGGAGGCUCGCAGGCAGGCAGAAGAGGACAGGAAGCAAGCAGAGCAGAAGAGGAAGCAGGCCGAGGAAGAAGCAGCGGCCGCUGAGGAGAGCCGUAGGCGUGCCGAGGAAGACGGACAGAGGAGUGAGCGCGAGCGCGCCGCAGCGGAAGAGCAAGUGCAGCAAGCUAAACAUGAACAGGAUAAGGCCGAGGCGGCCGAGGCAGUCGCGAAGAAGCUGGCACAAGAUGCGAUAGCUGCGGCGGAGGAGGCAAAGGAGGCGUUGAAGGAGGGUAUCAAACCCGUCAUCUUGCCGUCACGCGAGGAGUACGAGACAACCAAGAAGCGACUGGAGUACAAGGAUGGGUUUUUCCAUUUCGCCGUUGCGGGCAUCUCUGGCAGUGGCAAGUCGUCACUCAUCAAUGCCUUCCGCGGUAUGCGCAACAACUCACGCGAUCCACUCGUCGCGGAAACGGGCAUCACUGAGACCACCAGCCGCAUCACACGCUACGAAGAUCCCAACAAGGCCAGACCCUUCGUCUGGUACGACGUACCUGGUGCAGGGACGCUCAAAGUGCCCGAUUGGGCGUACUUCAACGACCAAGGCUUGUACGUCUUUGACUGCAUCAUCGUCCUCACCGAUAACCGCUUUACGGCAACGGACAUGGCAAUUUUGCGAAAUUGCGCGCUCUUCCAAAUCCCUUCGUACAUUGUUCGCUCGAAAUCCGCACAGCAGAUCCGGAACGUCCUGAACGACAUGCCAUGUGAUGAGGACGCAGGCGAGAAUAAAGACGCACGCAAGGAUAAGGCGAUCCAGCAAUAUGUCGCCGAAACGAGACGCAGCGUUGCGCAGAACCUUGAGAAGGCUGGACUGCCGCAGCAGCGCGUCUACAUUGUGGACAAAGAGACCCUAGUGAAGAUCGCGAACGGGGGAGGUCUAAGUACGGGUAUUGAUGAGUGGGAGCUUAUCGGAGAUUUGCUCUCGACAGCGCGAGACCGAAGGAUCAAGCCAAAGGCAUUCUCUCCCGUCUCGACUGCCACUACAGGAUCUAGAAAUGUAUGUCUUGCUCUUAUGUCGGCAUUAGCGGCGACAUAUAAAUACUUCAGCGUACUUCAAAAAUAUCCGAUUGAGUAUCUCGUCGUCCUUGCUAGACUCCGUCAUCAUCCUGGGCUCGCUGUAAGUGGUGCGCCGCAGCAGGGAUUGAUACAUGGGGUCGUCGGGUUGCUGGCCAGAAUGCAGCAUGCCCAUAGUGCGGGUAAAAUCGCCGCCAAUCCUGUUAUGGAGUUGACCAAGGAGCGCAAAGGGUUUCAAACGGCGGCGCAGGGCAAGCAGGUACAGAGGGCUAAGGCGAGGACGCAAGAGGCUGAGGCGAGAAUGAAAGAAGCCGUAGAAAGUGCAGAAGAGGCGGCGAGGUGGGCAGCAGAAGAUAUAGGGCACAUAGGCGCAAACCCGACACUACAGGAGAUCGAAGAACGCUUGCGUCGCGCGCAGGCUGAUGCCGAACGCGCUGCUACGGAGGUGGAGACUGCCGCUCAGCGCGCCCGGCUUCAGCAAGAAGAAUUGUCCAUCUAUGUGACAGCGAAGCGUAUGCUGGAGGAGCGAGAGCGCGAGGUGGAACGCGAGCGGCAGCGCGCCGAGGAUCUCGUGCGCGACGUCGGGGAGGAGAUGGAAAAGCUGAAGACGGCACAAUCCACUGCCGACCGGAAGGCCGCAGAGCUGCAGGCCGCACUCGAGCGUGCGGAACGUCAGCUGAAGGAGCACAUACAGCCUAUCAUCUCGCCGACGCGCGAGCAGUUGGAGGAAGCAAAGCGGCGUCUGCAGUAUCAAGAGGGCCUCUACCACUUCGCGGUCACGGGAGUUGCAGGUGCAGGCAAAUCGUCGCUGAUCAACGCUUUCCGCGGGCUACGCAAUGGCUCAAAGAGCCCGUUCGUAGCCCCGACAGGCGUGGUCGAAACGACGCGUGGUAUCACACGCUACCCCGACCCGAACGAAGACUUCUUCGUGUGGUACGACGUCCCUGGAUCUGGCACGCUUGAAGUACCCGACUGGACAUACUUCAACGACCAGGGCCUGUAUGUCUUCGACGCAAUCAUUGUGCUGAUCGAUACUCGUUUCACUGCAACGGACAUCGCGAUCUUGCGCAACUGUGUGCGCUUCAAGAUUCCCACCUACAUUGUGCGAUCCAAAUCAUUGCAGCACAUCAACAACGUCGUCGAUGACAUACUGGGUGACGAGGACGACGAAGAGUGGGAGGGGGAGGGGGAGAGCCACUGGGAGAGUGCGCGCGACAAAUAUAAGGCCCAGACGCAGAAGAACGUCACAGAGAACCUGGAGAAGGCCAACUUACUUCAGCAGACCGUGUACUUGGUCGACAAGAACACGUUGGUCCAAAUCACCACCAGACGACCGAUUGGGAAGCAGGUCCUCGAUGAGGUACAGCUCGUGAGGGACUUGUUGGAGCAAGCUCAUUCCAGACGGAUUGCAGUACGUGGCACUGAGAAGAUAUCUGAGUAGUAGCUGUGUAAGCCUUGUCUUUUAUGUUGUGUUCUCUGUCUGUUAGCUCUGUCUGUUAGCUGUCGAACUCAAAUCACCUUGUUGUCAUCUGCUAUCGAGUUCGGAGCCGCUGUUUGUUGUUGUGCAUGUAAUAUAUCAAUAGGAUACGCUG